UUUUCCCUCUCUUUUUCUCUCACUACUCUCUUACCUGAGAACCAUUAGGACACCCGCAAUUAAGCUUACUUAUAUUUGUGUUACGUCACUUCUAAUUCUACUUACCUUCACCUUGACGUAGUGCUGCCUGCCCCGUGAUUUGCAAGGCCCCCGGGCAUAUAAACUGUCCGCUCCCACCUGACUUUCUCUAAAUCACAAUCCACCGACAUCCGUUUACUCAACCUCACUUCUACCAGCCAACUAUACUCUGAUAUGGCUUACACCUUCUCCUACUCGCCCGCAGACCUCCUCCAUGAUAGUGACCGGGAGGCCUUAGAGUGUAUCCUCGAGUGCAAGACCAAGGGCGUGCCCAAGGGUCUGCGACACGAUAAGGUUCUUCCGGUCGACCUCAUCGCCCGCGGCACCGACCCUCGGACUGGUCUGAGCUUGCGCAUUUUCCCCCUCCCGCCGAAUACCCCGCUGCAAAAUGCCCCAUUUGCUGCUACUCUCGCCGGUCACCUUCACUAUCGAGGUGAGAUCAUGAACCACGUCCGCGACAAUCUGCCGCUGUCGCAAUGGAGCAACGAGGUCCUCCUCGCUUACUUCACAUCAAAUGUUGAUCCGAACCGCAACUUCGCCAAGUUCUUCGAACAGACACGCGCGCGCCUUUACGAGAUCCUUUGUGACCGCGCUGGCGGACAGAAGAAUGAAGUACAGGAAGCCUACCUGAAGGCAUGUCUGGAGUACAAGGAACACACUAGCGUUCUUGAUCCUCAGCGCCCAGUUCAACACCAGAUGCAGUUCAUAGCACUGCUCAAAGCGCAACCAGGUCAUAUCACAGUGCGCACGCAUGCACACAAUCAGCGCCUCCUCAAGCUUGCAGCCAAGCAUAUUGGCAUACUGCGUUCCAAGCAUUGGGACAGUGUCGAUGCUACGUCGCGAACUUACCUCGACUUUCUCGCCCCGCCCCAGACUCAGCCUAAGAAGAAGAAGAAGCAUGGACCGCGUGGCAAAGGCAAAGGUAAGGCUACAGCUGCAGAUGGAGAUGAGAAGGAGAAUGAGGAUAACGACGAUACCCCGGCUCCUCCACAGGACACCACUGCCAUCGAUCCCGCGCACCGCAAUUCGCGUACUUCCAUCUACGUCAACGUUGAUCGCAUCUCCCGUUGUACCGUGAACAACCCUCUUCUGCAAGGGCUGAUCGCUCCUAUGCCGGGCAUGGCGUGUGGAAUCCAAUUCAUGCUUGACUUUGGCGAGGCCUUCGACAUGGCAGAACUUUUCGCGGUUCUGCCUGGUGCGGAGGAUGAUGAGGGGGAUGGAGAUCAUGAGAUGCGCUAUGAUGGAGAUCAGAAGAUGCACGGCGAUGGUGAUUGGAAGCCGCCCUGCGAUGGAGAUCAUGAGAUGGACGACGAAGACGAAGACGAAGACGAUAGCAACAUGAGCUACAUAGAGAAGUUCGAACGGCGCCUCAAGAUGUUAGAUCUAGACAUCAUGAUCUUGUAGAAACAGCGCGGAUGUCUUCCGUGUAUUCUACAUCUUCAAAUGAGCGGCUUAGAGCUCAGUCCAGCGUCUACAUGGGUUCUAUAGGUGUAUUGGAUUUCUCUCUGGUUUUGUUGAGGGCCUCCACUGUCUAUGAUAGGUACAAUGAA